GUUUCACUGACCCGGACUCACAUGUGUGGUGGAAACGCGUGGAAGCUAGCGCGGAUUGAAUGUUUUAAAAACACCUGUAUAGCUUUGUAUUAAAUACGAAUUUUGACAUGAAAAAGAAAAUUGACAUGGAGGAUGCGGAGCCGGCGACUUCAGACUCUGACAUUAUGGAAGAAGACAACGAGGCUCCGAUUAAAGGCAAAAGGGCCAAACCCGAGAACGAGGCUGGGGAGACGCUUGUCUGUCGCCCCAUCAAGCUGUCCCGCAGUGAUCUGUACAGACCUCCAACAGUGGAGGAGCUGAACCAGCUGAAGGAAGCCGAGAGCCUGUUUCACUGCAGCCUUCUUAAAAUGCAGAUGGAAGAGCUUCUCAAGGAGGUCACACUGAGUGAUAAGAGGAAAAGCCGAAUUGACUCUUUUGUCCAGACGGUCACGAAAUGCCUUCAAAGUGUACCAUCAUCACCGAAAGUUGAGGUCAAUGACCUCUCGUGGUUGUCAGGAACAGUGAAGGUCCCUUUCAUUCUUGUCCCCAAAACAACAAAGGGCAAGUUCCACAUGGCCCCGCCUGCUUCUGUUGAUGUUAUUGGCAGCUACCCUCUUGGUACCUGCAUCAAACCACAAGUCAUGGUGGACCUAGCUGUCACCAUGCCGACCGAAGUCCUCCAAACCAAGGAUUUCUUAAAUCAGCGGUAUUCAAGGAAAAGGGCUCUGUACCUGGCGGGUCUGGCUCAGCAUCUCACAACGUCGCCUGACAUGGGAGUCAUCCGCUACUCUUGCUUACACGGGAACAGACUCCGUCCAGUUCUGCUGUUGAGCCCUGCAGGGAAAGAUGCAGGUUCCUUCACUGUGCGCGUCCAUGUCUGCCUCCCCCCUGGAUUCUUCAAGCCGAGCCGUUUCCGCCCUGAGAUGAAUAACGUCAGGACGGAGUGGUACACUGGGCUGCCCAACACUGUGUCUGAGAACAAUGAGCCUCCAACUCCACAUUACAACGCCGCCCUCCUGGCAGACCUGCUGCCACGAGCGCACCUGCAGUUUCUCUCUGCUGUAAGCUCACGGUGCGUGGCGUUUCCUCAGGGUGUUGCUCUGCUCAAAGUUUGGCUUCACCAAAGAGAACUUGACAAGGGAACAGGCAGUUUUGGUGGCUUUUUAGCUUCAAUGCUCCUGGCAUACCUCCUGACCACACACAGAAUCAGCAACUCCAUGACGGCCUAUCAGCUGCUCCGAAACGCCUUGAACUUCCUUGCAUCAACAGACCUGACAGUGAAUGGAAUUAGUCUGGCAAAAGAUCCUGACUCUACCGCUCCUGCCCUCGCAGACUUUCACAGUGCGUUCCAGGUCGUGUUCAUCGACCCCUCUGGGCACCUCAACAUGUGUGCAGACAUGACAACAUACACGUACAAAAAGCUGCAACAUGAGGCGUCCGUGUCAAUGCAGUUCUGGGAUGACCCCACUGUUGAUGGCUUUCACGCUCUCCUCAUGACCUCGAAACCUCUGAUAAGGACAAGUGACCAUGUCUUUCAAUUGUGUGAACUAGUGAAGCUUCAGUCCAGCUGUAAGAAAUUGAAUCUGCUCAGUGAGUUAAUGGAUCUGAGCGGAGACUAUGUUCAUGCUGUGCUGCCUUUUAUUCUUCAACUGCUGCAACGAGGACUGGGUGAGAGGAUCAGCCUGAUCACACACUCGCUUUCUCCUGAUCCUGAGUGGUCAGUGGAAAGUGAACCCCCAAAGCACAAAGCCCAACCUCCGCUCUCCUUUGGCUUGCUGUUAAGACAAGAGAUGUCCACAUCCGUUCUGGAACGAGGGCCACCUGCCAACAGCCCUAAGGCGGCGGAGUUUCGUCGGCUGUGGGGAACGCGAUCAGAGCUGCGUCGCUUCCAGGACGGCGCCAUCACUGAGGCAGUCCUGUGGGAGGGAGAGACCAUGUUCCAGAAACAGCUGAUACCCAAACAAGUCAUCACACAUCUUCUGAAGCUUCAUGCUGAAAUCCCGGAGUCCUGUGUGCGCUAUGUGGGCGGACUUUUGGAUGAUGUCAUCAAGUCAAGUUCCCAGGUGCUGACCACCGGGGAGGAGGAGAGUUUGCUGGUGGUCCAGUCGUACGAUGACUUGAGCAGGAAACUGUGGAACCUGGAGGGUUUACCUCUGUCCAUCACUGCGGUCCAAGGAGCUCACCCUGCGCUCAGAUACACACAGGUUUUCCCUCCAACACCACUGAAACUGAACUAUUCUUUCUUCGACCGCGAGAAAUGUUCACGGUCGCUGGUGCCAAAGUUAGACAAACCCUGCCCUGCCUACAUCCACCCAAUAACAGUGAUCUGUCACAUGGAGGGGAGUGGAAAGUGGCCUCAUGACCGCCUCGCCAUCCGCCACAUCAAGGCAGCGUUCCACAUCUCUUUGGGAGAGUUGCUGAAGAAGCAGCACCGUUUGACGUGCAGACCCACUCCCACGCACGUCGACGUCUGGAAGGAUGGUUUUGCUUUCCGUAUUCAUAUCGCUUAUCAUCGAGAGCCUCAGGUGCUGAGGGAAAGCGUGACAGCUGAAGGGCUCCUGGUCGUCCGGGACAAUGAGGAGGCUCAGGCUCUGGAGAUGCUCACGGUUCACAAGCCGCAGCUCACCAGCACAUUGCACGGCCUCCAGCAGCAACACUCGUGUUUUGGGGCGUCAUGCCGCUUGGCCAAACGCUGGCUGGGGUCUCAACUAUUCAGCGACGACCUCACAGAGGAGGCGGCAGACCUCCUGGUGGCGUCGCUCUUCCUGGGGCCGGCACCUUUCACCCCGCCUGGUUCACCUCAGGUGGGCUUCCUUCGCUUCCUUCAUCUGCUCUCCUCCUUUGACUGGAGGAACAACCCGCUGGUGGUCAACCUCAACAACCAGCUCACAGCUGCCGACUACACUGAGAUCAAGAAUGACUUCAUGGCCUCCAGAGAGUCUUUGCCGAUCAUGUUUAUUGCGACGCCUAAAGACAAAAAUCGAUCAACCUGGACCAAGAAAACACCAAGUGUACAGAUGCUGCAGCGAAUGGUGACGGUUGCUGCCGAGAGUCUGAAGGUGCUGGAGCAGCAGCUCAUGGAUGGAGAGCUGACACAAGACGUCCGGGUGGUCAUGCGUCCGCCGCUGGAGCCCUACGAUGUGCUGAUCCACCUCAACCCAAAGCAGGUUCCGCUGCUCAGCCUGGCAGUGGAUCCUCCCUCUGUCACCUUCGGCAGAGGAGUGUCCACCGACAACAUGGCUCACUCUGGCAGCGCCUUGCCCGUCAUCGACUUCAACCCCGUGGCCAUUUAUCUGACUGAGCUCAGGGAUGCCUUCGGUGACCUGGCACUCUUCUUCUGUGAUCCAUACGGAGGAAGAGUCAUUGCAGUUCUCUGGAAGCCCAAAGCUUUUACACCCAUUCCCUUCAAGACGUCUCAGAUGUCGGCCCGCAGUGCUCAGGUGACCGGUGAUGAGGUGACAACACUUCCCAACGUGGAGGCCAUUCUGGAGGACUUCCGUGUCAUGGGAAAGGGCUUGGUGAAGUCCGUGGAAGCCAGAGUGGAACGGUGGUCCUUGUAGUGAGUCCUGUGUUUAAUGCUCAGAGGAGAAGAGCUAAAAGUAUAUGUUUCAUUUUUGCUGUCAGCUGUAUUUCCCUCAAUAAAAGAACCU